AUGUCCAAUACUGAAACAAGUAAAUUAUAUGAAAGUGUCAUUGAAGAUGUCAUAAAUGAUUCAAGACAAGAUUUUGAAAAUAAUGGUAUUGAUGAAAGUACAUUACAAGAGUUGAGAAGAAUAUGGUGUGAGAAAUUGACACAAUCCGGAGUUGCAAAAUUCUCAUGGGAUGAAGAAGAAGAGGAAGAAGAACCAGUUGAACAAGUAGAUGUAGAUGUUGAAGUUGGACAAUCAGCACAACAAGCAGCAGAACAACCACAAGCUGCAAUUAAUGACACUGGAGCAACUGAAAGUAAUACAUCUGCUACAACUGAAACUACUGUCAAAAAAGAAGCUACUGCCAGUAAUUCGGGAUUACCUGAUGCUCAGUUAUCUUAUAACACCACUGAUAGUCUAGGAAUAGAAAUACCAUCGAUACUGCGAGAGAAAGCCAAUGGUACAGAAGGAACCGAUAAAAAUGGUGAUGGUGAUGGCGGUGAUAAUCAUGGAUUAAUUGUUCCAAAAAUUGAACAAGCUGAUGGUCCAAUUUUUUUCGACAAUAAACAAUUCAAAUCCAAUAAAAAAUUGAGUCAAGUUGAUGGUGAAUCAGAAUUUGAUGAAUUUGAAUCCGAUGGUGAUUUAUCUGAUGAUAUUAAUUCCGAACUUGAUUCUGAUUCUGAUAAAGAAGAAGAAGAUGAUGAUGAGGAAGAAACCAAUUUUGCUCUUUGUCUUUUUGAUAAAGUACAAAGAAUUAAAAAUAAAUGGAAGAGUACAUUAGUUGCUGGGAUUGCUAAUAUUAAUGGGAAAGAUUAUGUUUUCCAUAAAGCUAAUGGUGAAUCAGAAUGGUAA